CAGCCGGCCCCUUUGUCUGUCCGCAGCCCCGCCCGUCCCAGCAGUGGAGCCGGUGAGCCCUCUGCCGAGGGAAGGACCCCUCUGCUCCUGGGCCAGGGAAACAUGUCCCGUCGGAAACAGACCACUCCUAAUAAAGUUCAUUUGAACAAGAUCAUCUAUUUCUGCAAUAUCUGAUUCUGUCACCAUGUCUCAGAGGAGACCAUCCUAUGAACAUGCUGCCAGCUGGUAUGAAGCUAACAUACAGGCUCUGGUAUCCAUCUAGGAGAGGCUCUCUGGUACCAAUUGAACUUCUUCACACACAACACGUUAAUGUAUGACCAGGUCUCUGAGCAGCUGUUUGACGUGGGUAUCAGCAGGAGAAGCAAGUGGUGCCACAAGAAGAAAAAGGGACUGAAAGGCCUAUGCAGCAUGACCAGGACAAUAACAGUCUCUCCGGCUCAGGAUGGAAAACUGACCCCUCUUAUAAUGAGCAGCACCGAACUGUCGGGACUCACCCAUCCACCCAGCCUGCGGAGAGCCCAGGAGUGCCAUGCAGAGCACUUGUGACGGACAAGGAGCAUCAGCUCCAAGAACUGGGUGAACUGUCGGUAUGAGGAGUCAGAAUGGGAGACAACAGGCGUAUUACUGGGAUCUCUUCCUGGGGACGGAGAUAGUUUGGGAGGAGGAGGAAUUGGGCCGCAGUGCCCUUACAGCCAUAUGGACAUGCCCGAACAGGGAUGGGCAGGGGCAUUAGCUCCCCAGGGAGCAAGUUUCAGGUCCUGGAAAAGGAGGUGUGGAGAAGACCUGUGUGAACAGGGACUUUGGUCCCUCCUUGAACUUGUCCAAGUAUUUAAAGAGGCUCCUCUCAGAACUCGUGUAGGCGGAGCCGGACAGGGGACUUGUAUCAGGCUUUUGCAGAGCGCGAGAGAUGUGAAUGGAGGAGGCAGGGUCCCAGAGGGACAGGGCUCAGGGAAACCUGCCUGGUCUUAGCCUGCCUUCCCCUCCUGCCCCGCACCACUGGGCCCUGUCCCAGCACAGCCCUUCUCAGGCAUCCCCCCCUUCUACAAGACACUGGAAAGGAGAACUGGAGCCCAAAAGAGAGAGACUCGCAGGACCUCCGCAUGCGCUCUCUCUAACUCUGGUGACUUGUUUUGGUAUUGCAGCAACCUGCAGCCUUGUUUGUAUUUAAUAAAGUUGUGGAAAAGCAUUUGUGAGUUCAGUGCCAAGCAUACUGUCCUUUAUCCCCACAAGCCACUCCUCGUGCUCCUUUGUCAAAGGGCGUGCAACACCACCAACGCAGGAGCUAUAUGAAUGCAUACAAACAACGAGAGGAAAAUCCCACCACCUUGGACUGGUGCGUCUGGCCUAUCUGUAACCCAACAGUGCAUUUCUCCAUCAGUCCCCUGAGAGGCUAGGUCUCUUGUACCUUGGUCCUGCCAGUCUGAGGUUGCGAUGAGGACCCAAAGGACAGAAGCAGCCUCCACCCAAUGGAAAUCAUUCUCCAGCACGAUUUGGAAUCAUCCACUGGGGGAGCAAGUCUUCGCAGGGCUGGAGGAGCAAGCCCGCCAGGCCAUGAUGAAAAAUGACUUUCCUGGAGCCUUUGGAGACCAGCGGCCAACAAUUCACCAACUGCAGGAUCAGGACUCCAGCAGCAGUGACAGUGAGGGUGAGGAAGAGGAGACCACGCAGGAUGAAGUCUCUUCUCACACUUCUGAGGAGGAUGGCAUGAUGGUGAAAGUGAAAACGGAAUUAGAAAAUGCAGAGCAGCCUGUAGCUGGAAACCAACAGAUUGGAGAAAAUGAGGUGACUGAGGAUUUGAAUACAGCGUCCAUCCUGGGACUGUCGCAGUGCCCACUCUGCCAGCUGGAAUGUGGGAGCAGAGAGCAGCUCAUUGCUCACGUGUACCAGCACACUGCAGCUGUGGUCAGUGCCAAGAGCUACAUGUGUCCGGUGUGUGGCAGAGCCCUCAGCUCCCCAGGGUCCCUGGGGCGACACCUCCUGAUCCACUCCGAGGACCAACUGUCAAACUGUGCAGUGUGUGGGGCACACUUCACCAGCCAUGCCACAUUCAACAGUGAGAAACUGCCAGAAGUGCUUAGUGCAGAUUCCUUGCCCACCCUGCACAGCGAGGGCCCUUCUGGUGCUGAGGACAAGGACGUUGCCUUUAACGCCCCUGUGUAUCCUGCGGGCAUCCUCCUAGUGUGCAACAACUGUGCUGCCUAUCGCAAGCUGCUGGAGGCACAGGCUCCUGGCGUGCGCAAGUGGGCGCUUCGCCGGCAGAACGAGCCACUAGAAGUGCGGCUUCAGCGCCUGGAGCGGGAGCGCACGGCCAAGAAGAGCCGGCGGGACAACGAGACGCCAGAGGAGCGGGAGGUGAGGCGCAUGCGGGACCGAGAGGCUAAACGCCUGCAGCGCAUGCAAGAGACAGACGAACAGCGGGCGAGGCGGCUACAGAGGGACCGGGAGGCCAUGAGACUGAAGCGUGCUAAUGAGACCCCGGAGAAGCGGCAGGCUCGGCUCAUCCGGGAGCGCGAGGCCAAGAGGCUCAAGCGGCGCCUGGAGAAAAUGGACAUGAUGCUUCGGGCCCAGUUUGGCCAGGACCCCUCUGCCAUGGCUGCUUUGGCAGCCGAGAUGAACUUCUUCCAGCUGCCAGUGAGCAACGUGGAGCUGGAAAGCCAACUGCUGGGCAAGAUGGCCUUCGAGGAGCAGAGCAACAGCACGCUGCAUUGAGCUGCAGCCCAACCACCGCCGCGGCUCCACGUGGCUCACUGGACGCCAGCAGCCUGGCCGCUGCCGCUCCCCAGCGGGAGGCUCACCUGAUGGACCCUUCCCGCCCCCACUUCUCCCACAACAGGCAGAUUUGGGCUGCUCCUGCACAUGGGAAUGGAGCUGGGAGGCGUCCGCUCAGGCAGCACUGGUGAGAGUGGGCUGUCGGGAUACAGUCUGCUCCAGUGGCCGAGCCACAGCCGAUGAACAGAGGGAAAAUAAAUUAAUUUUAUGUGUAAUGAGUCACCUUCCAUGCCUGUUGCUUCCUCCGGGGCUCGGGCCCUGGUAGUGUAGCUGGCUGCUGUGGUUCCUUUCUGCAGGUGGAAAGCCUUUCCCAAAGGGAGGGCAGCCUGGGCCUCCAUUCCCACCCCAAAAUCCAUCUGGCUAGUGUGUGGGGGGGUCUCUAGUAGCAUGAGUAGUGGGAUAGAGGGCUUUGGCCACAGCACAGGGCAAGUCGUUCACCCGUGGGGUCUGUAAAAAGGACGGGAUACCACCAACCUUCUGGGAGGGGGGCUGUAGCCACACUAACACCGGUAGUGUUGUGACUGCCCUUUGGUUCAAGGAGCACUCAUGACAUGCGAGGAGAAGAGUCUAUUCUGGCUCCUAGGAACGCAUUUUAAGCAGACAGCCUCCCCGAUAGGAUGGGGAAAGGGAACAACCCUGGGAAACCUGCUCCUCUGCAAGCAGCAUGGCAAGAGUGGAGGGAGGCCUUGCUUGUGGACUGGGGAGGCAUUCAGAGGCUGUACCUUGCCUAGGGGUGGCCUUGGAGAAGCUGACAGACAUGGAGCAGGGUGGAAACUUCAGGGUAAUAGAGGGGGCUCCUGUUGCACUGACGGGGUACCACCUCCGAGGUGACGCUCUGCUCUAGUGGACCAGGCUAGGACCUAAACGUGAGACUUGGCUUCAAACCCUGGUUCUGACAAUGACAUGCUGGGACCAUGGGCAGGUCGCCUCACCUCUGCACCACAAUUUCCCCAUCUGUAAAAUGGGCCCUAUUAAGGUAUGUGAAGUGUGGUAUGUGCAGACUAAGGCCAGUCAGCAGCAGGGGUAGGAACUGAGUUGAGGCCCUCCUGCUUCCUAACCCUGGGCUUCCUCCAUGAGAGCAUGUGACUUUAGGGGAGCAAUACCACCACCUCUUUGAGUUAUUUUCUGUUAGCAUUUUUCUUUGUCACAAGCAGCUCACUUUUCCCAGUAGCCUCCCAGCACCAUUAAUGUGGCAUAAUU